AUGACUGAUCAACGUUUUAAAUAUUAUACAGGUUAUGAAGUUGAUAAUGAACCUAGUGACGAUGAAGACGAUCUUCCUUGUAAUACUGCAAUAACUAAUGGUCAUGCUAGUUCAGAUAGUUCUGAUAAUGAAUUCGAUCGUCCAAUUCGUGACUAUAUCGAAAAGACUAUGUCAGAACAAUCAAAUAAAAAUAAAAAAUCAAUAUCAACGACAUCAAAUACAUUUGCAAAUGAAAUGGAAGAUGAAUUAGAUCAAAUUUAUCAUAACUUUAUUUCACGUGGAACAUUUGAAUUACCAAUAUCUACACAAAAACCACAAGAAAAAAAAGUAGCUUUAAAGGAACAAGAUGAAGAUGAUAGCGAUGAUGAACCAGAUCAACCAGAAUUAAGUAAAGAAGAUCAAGAUAAAGCUAAUGAUGAUCUUCUUUAUGAUCCUGAUGAAGAAGAAGAAGAUGAAAAAUGGAUGACAAAAGAACGUCUCAAAUCUCGAGGAGCACAUACUACAGAAAAAUUAGAUUCAUCAGCUUUAGGACCAACUGAUGCUGUGCUUAAUUGCCCAGGUUGUAUGAUAUUAGUUUGUCAUGAUUGUCAAAGACAUGAUACAAAUCGAAAUCAAUAUCGAGCAAUGUUUGUAUUUAAUUGUACAGUUGAUCAAAAUCGUGUGGCUUCUGUAUUUACAAGCAACAGUCAAAAAUCAGCGAAACAAAAGAAAAAAAAUAAUAAAAAUAAACGAUUUAAAACAGAUGAUCAGAAUUCUAUAGAUAAUGAAGAAACAGAACAUGAAAAUCAAGAUGAAAUAUUACGACCUUUAUUAUGUAGUGAAUGUGGAACAGAAUUAGGUGCUUAUGAACCAAAAGAAGAGUUGUAUCAUUUUGCUAAUGUACUUGCUAGCCAUUAA